AUGGGGAAGCCCUCUUUCUCACUCGGAUUGACAAUCUUCGUCUCCCUCUCUCUCACAGCCUCCUCCUACUCCAUCUCAUCCUCUUCUUCAUGUUCCCCAAUCUUUCUCAAACCAUCUUCACCAUCAACAUCUCCCAAAGCCACCCCUUCAGACCUGCUCUCUUUGCUGGGCUCCAAAUCCCAGUCUUCAACCAUUAACCCCCUUGUAGCCCAAGAGCUCACUUCUUGCUUCAAAUUCCUCGUACCCUUUACGCCAAAUGUCAACAAAUUGUGCCCACAAAAGUAUCCCAAUAGAAAAGUCUUAAACUUGAAGCAAAAGGGUGAUUUAUGUCAACGGGAGGAGGAGGAUGAGCUUGUUUGGUGGCCUCCUCAGCCGGUUUUGGAGCUUGCUCGCCUCGCUGUUGACUCUGGUGGAGACCCAGCUGCUAUUCAACGUGCUUUGGAUCCCACGAUGAUCACUGUACCUGAUGUUGAAGGAUCAAAAGCAAACCGAUGUGAGCUUACUAGAACUCCAUAUGGGAGACGCUUCAUAAGUGAGGAGUUGAAUUCAUAUAUUGAAUUUUUAUUUGAACUUAUUCUAUCUCGGGGUCCCGCUGUUGGGUUGAAUGUGUCGUUGAGUCGCUAUGAUUUAUUCCAUGGCCACCUUUUUCUUGCUAUAGACACUGGAAGACUUGGUAUAUUAUUCCAUGCCAAAGAAUACCCUGCAUAUGAUAAAGAAGUAUUUCCAUAUAAUAUGGGCUACUGUCAAGUAGGGUCUAAUGUGAGAUAUGAUGAUUCAAUGAACUUGCGAAAUAUCCUCUGGCUGGCUCCAUUGCCAAGCAAUUCAACUAAAGCUUGGGUAGCACCAGGUGUCCUUGUAGCGCUGGAUGCCCAUCCAGAAGGCAUCAUAUAUAGAGAUCUCAUACCUGAAUAUGUAAAUUUUGCAAGGACAAUAUAUGAAGGUUUGUACCAUAUGCUUUCCCUUCAUCGCCUAGUCUAUUAUGCGACAGUGCCAAGUAACCAUUUAUUUAUCGUGGAUCAACCCCAAAUGCGAUACGAGCCAAAUACAAAGUCUCAAGUAGGCUGGCAGGAUGAUUCCCUUGGUUUGAUUGUGGAAAGUAAGAUCCGAGAGUACACAGGAGUGCGUUGGUUUGUUCUUGCUGCAGAUUUCGCUAGGCAUGCAAGCUGA